CUCAUCUGCUGCUCCGCAAUGGGAGCCGCCGCCGUUGCCGCCGUGUAGUUUUUCGUGCUCCUCCUUUUCCUCCUCCUCUUUCUCCUCCUCCUCAGGGCCCCAGUCAGGCCGAUCCGCUCCGCUCACGGAAGGAAAACAGAUACAAAUUGCUGUCUUGUCUGUAAUCACAUGGUGAGUUUUGAGAUCAAAAUUAGAUCCAAGAAUUUCUGAACCCCAAGUUUCAUGUUUCAAUAUUUGGCAUUACUUAAAGUGACUCAUAAAAUUGACUGAUAUCAUGUGUCAGUACUCAGGUGACAAUUUACAGAAAGUCAACUCUGCAACUUGAUGGGCGACAACCCUUUUCAGCCAAAAAAUAAUUCAAAAAUGGCAGAACUCUUUAUGGAAUGUGAAGAAGAAGAGUUGGAACCAUGGCAGAAGAAAGUAAAAGAGGUUGAGGAUGAUGAUGAUGAUGAGCCAAUCUUUGUUGGAGAGAUAUCAAGUUCAAAACCAGCAAUUUCAAAUAUUUUGAAUAGAGUAAACCCCAGCUCAUAUUCAAGGGGAAUAAAGAAUGGUGCGCUCAGUCGAGGUAUUACUGCUGCAUUCAAGCCUACAAAUCAACACUACACGAACCCAGCAUCAAAUCCAGUGGCUGCCUCGCCUGUAAAUUUUCAUCCUGAAUCUAGAUCUUCAGAUAGUUCUGUGAUUGUUCAGCCUUUGUCUAAACCUGGUUAUAUAACAAACUCAUCACGAGUUGUGUCUAAUAAUUCUUCGGAGUUACUAUUUGAUUUGACCCAGGAUACAGGAACAUCACAUUACCAAGGGGGACCGACGCUUUCUAUACCAGGUAUGAAUGAAAGUUCGUUUUUAUCAAAACGUCCUUCUACUUCUGAAGUAAACAGCGUUAAUCCAAAAAAACCUAAGCCCAGUGAUGGUGUUUCUGGAAUAAAUUCUUCAGCUGUAUUUCCUUCAGUUAAGUCUCUUUCAGUGACAUCUCCCCAGGCUACAUCAUCAAAAGGUACAAAUACCUCAUCAAAUCAAUCUAAAAAUGGAACACCUUUUCCAAGAGCUUGUCCAAAGUGCAAUAUUCAUUUUAAUCUUUUGGAUCCUUUGAAAAAUCACAUGAAGUACUGUUGUCCAGACAUGAUAAAUAACUUUUUAGGACUGGCUAAAACAGAAUUUUCAAGUACAGCAAAUAAAAAUAAGACUGUUGAUUCAGAGAAAGGAAAAUUGAUCAUGUUAGUUAAUGACUUUUAUUAUGGAAAACAUGAAGGAGAUGUUCAGGAAGAACAGAAGACUCACACAACCUUUAAAUGCUUCAGUUGCUUGAAAAUUCUUAAAAAUAAUAUUAGGUUUAUGAACCACAUGAAACACCACUUGGAACUUGAGAAGCAGAGCAGUGAGAGCUGGGAAAACCACACCACCUGCCAGCAUUGCUACCGUCAGUUUCCCACACCAUUUCAACUGCAGUGUCACAUUGAAAGCACACAUACACCUCAUGAAUUUUCUACCAUUUGCAAAAUCUGUGAAUUAUCAUUUGAAACAGAGCAUAUUCUUUUACAACAUAUGAAGGACAAUCAUAAGCCCGGUGAAAUGCCAUAUAUUUGUCAGGUUUGCAAUUAUAGAUCAUCAUCAUUUUCUGAUGUGGAAACUCAUUUUAGAACAUCCCAUGAAAACACUAAGAACUUGCUAUGUCCAUUUUGCCUCAAAGUUAUUAAAAUUGCAACACCCUACAUGCAUCAUUAUAUGAAGCAUCAGAAAAAAGGAAUACAUCGUUGUACAAAAUGCAGACUGCAGUUUUUGACGUGCAAAGAGAAAAUGGAUCACAAGACUCAGCAUCAUAGAACAUUUAUAAAACCUAAACAACUAGAAGGAUUGCCUCCUGGAACAAAAGUUACUAUUCGAGCUUCAGUUGGACCUCUUCAGUCAGGAUCUUCAACUACAUCUUCCAUUAGUGCAAGCACUUCUACUCUUCAGCUCUCACCUCCAAGGACUAAAAAUAUAACUGCUAAAAUUCCCACAAAAUCUAACACAACCAAACCUAAUACAACUAAACCCAAUACAAGUAAACCUAAUGCAAGUAAGCCUAAUGGAAGUAAAUCUAAAUAUAAAUCAAAAAUCCCUAAUAUACAAAAGAAACAAAGCACAUUGGCUAGUAGCAAUAAAAAAAGUAAAGUCAAUACAGCAUUGAGGAACUUAAGGUAUCGUCGGGGAGUUCACAAGUGCAUUGAGUGUUGUUCCGAAAUAAAAGAUUUUGCAAACCACUUUCCUACGUAUGUCCAUUGUAGUUUUUGCAGAUACAACACUAGCUGUAGCAAAGCCUAUGUAAAUCAUAUGAUGAGCUUUCAUAGUAAUCGUCCAAGUAAAAGGUUUUGUAUUUUUAAGAAGCAUUCAGAAGAUCUCAGGGGCAUUACUCUAGUGUGCCUUAAUUGUGAUUUCAUAGCUGAUGUUUCUGGCUUAGAUAAUAUGGCCACACACUUACGUCAACAUGAAACUCAUACUUGUCAAGUUGUAAUAGAGAAAGUUUCUGUUUGUAUCCCAACUUCUGAACAUCUUUCUGAAUCAAUAAAUGAAGCUCCCACUAAGGAACAAGAACCUGUGUCUGAGGAAAUUACAAGAACUAAUAUGGCUGAAGGAGAAACAGAAACAUCAAAUUCUGAAAGUAAACAAGAUAAAGCUUCUUCAGAGGAAGAAAAAAAUGAAUGUGUUACAAAUUCAUUUGAAGGCUCAUUAGCAACAAAAAAUGAAGAAAGUGUAACAGUGUCAAAUAAGGAAAAUGAUACCUGUCUUGAAGAUCAGAAAACUGGCUUAAAGAAUAUCUUCAGUCAUGAUUCAAAUAUUGAUGCAGAUAAAGUAGAAAAGGAAAAACAAAUAGAGCACGUUUGUCAGAAAAUGGAGUUGAAGAUGUGCCAAAGUUCAGGAAACAUAAUUUCUUGUGAUCAGAAUGAAGAUUCCAACUCCAGUGAAGCUAAGUUUUCUUCAAAGAAUGUUAAGGAUUUGCGGUUAACAUCUGGUGAUGUUAGCAUUGAUCAGUUUUUGAGAACAAGAGAUGAACCUGAAUCUAUUAGUUCUGAUGUUAGUGAGCAAGGCAGUAUUCAUUUAGAACCUUUGACUCCAUCAGAGGUACUUGAGUAUGAAGCCACAGAGAUUCUUCAGAAAGGUAGUGGUGAUCCUUCAGCCAAGACUGAUGACGUAGUAUCUGAUCAAACUGGCAGUGUUCCUGGAGAAAAUAGCCCUAGCACAACAGAGACAACAGUAGACCGGGCAGAGGAAAAAGAAAGAAGUUGAAAUUUAUUAGUUAUUCUAAGUUUAGUGUACCAACGGUAAUAACAUUUGGAACAGUGCUAUCAGGUGAACUCAGUGGUGCUGUUCUGUAGAGUUCAGAAAUAGAAAAAUGUGAGGGAGGUCAUUCAUCUACACUUUACCUGUAGUUCAAUCCAGGUUAUUAAAGAAAUCAAUUCACCCAUAAUAGCAUGAUUUGUAUGGAUUUCCAAAAAGCCUUUAAAACUAUUAUGGAUUUUAAUGAAAGCUAAGUUUGCAAUGGAAAAGUCUCAUUUAACAGUUUUUGAAGAGAAGUUGGUGGCCAGUAUGAAUUGAUUUUUAGAAUAUUAAUUAUAAUGAUAAAGCUUUUGAAACUUCCAUCAGUCCUAAGCUAAAAGUUCUUAGUACCUAUAUAUUCUUUUCAGGUUACUUAAAGGAAGAGAUUUGGAAACCACAUACCUUUUGGGAACAAUUGAUUUAAAGUAAUGGCUGAUAGGCAUUGUUAAUGAAGGCUUCAUUUCGAGUAUGAUGCUGGUAAAUGGGGCAUGCUUAGAGUGCUAAGUUAAUUGAUCUAAUGAGAAUUUGGAUGAACGUAAAGUUAAUUUUGGAUUUAAUAUAACAUUCCAGACUGUCACAAGCAUGUAAACAGAAUAUUUGAAUCUGUGUACCUCCCUACGAGUGUGAGCCUGCAAGGCUGUAAGCUUACCUUAAUUAAACUUUCAGUGAAAGUGACAUUAUUAAUAUGUAAAUUUAUAUUUGUGCUUUUUGUCAGUGUGUAAGCUGUGCAGAAAUCCCUUGAUGUGCUAGUUGUAUAAAAUAGAAACCCAUUGUUGAAACUCCUGUAGCUAUUAUGCUUUUAAUAUUGUUUUAAUGAUUUUUAGAAAUAGACCCAUAAAAAUGGUCUGGACACCAAACCAAAGUAUGGUAUAAUGUAGAUAUUGUAAAGCAGUAAACUGAAAACAUGUCCUGGCUCAUGCCAUGUUUAAGUGACUUUUUCUUUAAUUGUAAAAUAGAAAUUUCAAAUGGGACCUAAAGCAGUGAUGUAAAAAAUUGGUUUGGGACAUUUAAUCUAAUUUAUCCAUAUCCUAUUUUAUUCAUAAAAUGGCUGCUAAAUAGAUUUUUCAGUUGUUUUUUAUCAUCUAGAAAAUAGUAGAUAUAGAAAUAAAUAAUAUGAAUAAAGUAGUUUGCUUUAAAGUACUUAAAAUUUUAUUUAAAAUGCUACAUUUUUACUUCUUAAAAUGUGCUUUGAAUUCUUAAAUUUUGUUUCAUUGAAUGUUAAAUGUUUUAAAUGGCUAUUAAAAUUCUGCUGUAUAUAGUAGUAUUUGAGUAAAUAUUUGCAAUAAAAAUCUGUCCCUGAAUAAUUUUAUUUUUCAGAAACCUGCUUGAGUUGGAUUACCUUUGGCGCCUUUAGAAAUUGUAUACUUGUUCAAGUUGAAGUUAGUGGUAGGAUUUCAUUCUGUAUUCUUUAAUUGAUGCAUGAUUUAUUUUAAAUUAGGACUUAAAGUACAGGGGAAAAUACUGUUAAUAUUUACAGAGUGUAUCUGCUUUAAAAUUUCUUUUAUUGCAAGAUAAAUAUAAUUUACUAUUCUAGUUUUCUAUCUGCCCAGCAAAGUAAAAAGAGUAAACAGGCAAAAUAUAUUAUUGAUCUACUUUCUUGAAAAGUUUUUUUUUUUUUUUUGAGGGGGUCACAUGUUUUCAUCUUUCCUGCUACCAAGAAAAGAUAGGGAGAGAGGGACUUUUUAGCUGUUACCCUUCACCUUGUUGAAACAUAAAACUAUAGCAGACAAGAUUUUUGGAGUAAUUUAAAGCUUAGAAGUGAAGGAGUAGAAGAAAGUCUAUGUAAAGACUAUUUUCUGAAUCUUAUUCAAUUAAUUGGCUGGCAGAUCACCUAAUGUACAAAACCCUAGAUCACUGUGCCAAAAUAAGUCUCUAAUGACACUGUUAUCCCUUUGAGCUUUGGGUAGUUCCUUCUUCUGUGGCUAUAUACCUUUAGAGUAGUUGUGUUCAACAUAGCUAAUCAGUGAACUGUUUAUGCCUAUCCAUUAGGAGAAGAGGAAACUGUACCAAACUCUAAGGAAAGUCUGGCAAUGAAAACAAAAGUGUAGUUGAAAUAAGCAUUGUAUUUGGUAACAUAAUUGGUUUAUGUUCUCAUACCAUCUCCUUAUUUCCAUUGAGGAACAAACAGUUCAGGUGCACAGACCAAGCCUUUGAGUAGCAGUGCUUUAGAACAGUGGACAGCAAACUUCUGUGUAGGGCCAGAUAGUAAAUAAUUGUGGACCAUAUGGUCACAAUUAUUCUCAACUCUUCCUUGUAGCUUGAAAGCAGCUGUAGAUGUAAUGUAAAUAAUAGCCUGUUUGUGUUCCAAUAAAACUUUAUUUACAAAACAAGAAUGUUUGGCCCAUGGAUUAUGGUUUGCCUUUCCCUGCUUUAGAGUGCUUAGACUGACUUAAUCUGACAGUGAAAGCCAGUAAUGCACUCUAGUGACUGUUUGCCUAGGAACUACCUACCAAGGUGCCUUAGUGUAUAAUAGUUCCCUGUUACCUGACAAUAAACUUAGGAUUGAUUUUAAGUGCAGUUCAGUGACACUAAGAAGCAUUGUAUUCAUUUUGUGGAUAUACUUUUAAUUUACAUUGAAAAUCUGAAUGCCAUAUUUAUUUGUAUUCUUUCUUCCCCUUUGUGUCUCUCCAAUAGGGAGGAAAUUGGAAUUGUUUUCAUCCAUGAAUUUUUUUAAGAACUAUUCUAAACAUUUUAAAAAGGAACUGAUAAUGUACAAGUCACUUUGUUUUAGCUGUAAGUAAAAAGAUGAGGAAACCAAAUAUCUAGGCAAUUAUUAGCCUAAGGUUAAAAAGCUAAGAUUUGAAUGAAAUUUGAUCUUGAUUCUGAAACAGAAUCUGAAGCAGGCUUCAAGCUCUGAGGUGUCAGCGCAGAGCCUGACGCAGGGCUCGAACUCCCAAACCAUGAGAUCAUGACCUGAGCCAAAGUUGGAUGCUUAACCAACUGAGCCACUAAAGAUAUACUUUAUAUAAUAAUUAUAUAAAUUUAACAUCAUUAAAUUUUUGUAGGCUUCUGUAAUGUCAUUUUUUACUUCAUGGUUGACAUCAUUUUUGUUCCAUCAAAAUCAUUACUCCAAAACCACUCACUUGUACUGACUUCAAUGAAAUAGUACUUUUGUAUGUAUGUAGACACUACAGAAGAAGUGCAAAUAUUUCAUUUUUACUAGAUUACCUUAACAAUAAGACUUGUUUUUUCAGUUAAGAAGUGAAACAUUUAACUUACCUAUUUCUAAGUAUUAAAAGAGAUAAAGUUAUUUUUAAAUUAUUUUUUCAAAUGAGACACAUGUGCAGAUCCAUGUAGACAAAAAAUAGUAUUAGAUUUUUAAAAGUUAUGGCAAUGUUUAAUUUUUACCUCAAAAGCUAUAAAUUAAAAGAUACUUUUAAGGAAUUAAACACAUCUUUAGCAACAAAUGUAACUUUGUAGAGGAAUGAGAUAUCCUGAGAAAUCACUUUUACAGUUAUGUAAAUUGCAUGUUAAAAAUAUUAUACAACCAGUUUCAUUAUUUAAAUGAAUAUACUAAGCAUAAUUUAGUCUUCUUUGAUGACACAGUGUAUCACCAUGAAGAUUAUUGAGCUAAGCUGUAAAUGAAGCCAUAGCUAUAGAUGUUAAUGGCCUGAAUACCUGCUGAUCACAGAAGUUACCUUGGAUUUUGGUUUCUAGAAAAUAUCCCAGGUACAUCUGGGGUCAUUUGGCUUUUCCAAAAACAGAACAGAAAAAUUGUAUCAUUCACCCAAUCCAACCUCUUUUUAAAAAUGACUAAAACCCUUUAAAUCUUAAAGUAUAACUUGCCAUUUGUGGGGAAUUUGGGAGAAUUUAAACUGUAAUUUUAAAUUUUUUAAAUAUUUCAAGUCUUCAUCCACUGCCUUAAAAACAUGACUUUAAUUGUUCUGUAUCAGGGCCUAGCAGACAGUGACCCACAGUUGGCCACCUGUUUUUAUAAACAAAAUUGUAUUAGAAAAUACCCAUAUCAUUUGUUUAUAUAUUGUCUGUUGUAGUUUUUGCACUGCAAUAGCACAACUGUACCGGACAGAGACCAUUUGGCUCACAGGCCCAAAGCUUAAAUCUGGCACUUUAAGAAAACGUUUGCUAGCACCUGCUCUAUAUUUUUAUGUAAGUAUAUCAUAAUUUUAUAAUUAUUUUAUUGUCACCAUUAUAAACACUACAGGGAAGCUCUCACUUCAUAAAUUUUGGUCUUUAUUUGUUAUUACCUGUAGGAAGUCUAAGUGCAAUAUUAGAUUGAAGAAUAUUUAGUUUUUAAGUAGCCAAAUACCAAUACUUAACUUUAAUUAUCUUCCCAUGAUGCUUGUGGAAAUCUUCUUGUUCCAGUAUGAACUCCUAGAGUUAAGAGUUUACUUAUCUAGAUUUUAUUUUGACUCUUCAAACAAAUUUAGCUUUUUUAACCUAAUGUGACUUUAAUUUAUGCUAUUCACCAAAUAUUUCCAGUGUGUGGUAAUAUGACUGUUACCUAGCCAGUGAGUUGUGAGUGAAAAGUUAUUUCAAUUUGGAUCAUUUAAGUGUUGAUACGAGACUCUUUAGAACUUUCUUUUCUCUCUGACAUGGUGAUGAUGAUUGCUGCAUCAGGCUGGGUUCCUGAGGGACUAUAAAUCUAGCCUCCCUGUUUAGAUGGACAUAUAGCGUGAGGGAGAAAUAACCAUUUUUGUUUUAAGUUAAUACAGUUAGGGAAUACCUCAUUUGAUACAGGAUUAGUCCUGAAAGUGGAGUGCUGCCAUAAAAAGAAGCAAAAUUGAACUAAAUUAAACUAUAUUGCAUUGGCUUAGGUGACAGGUGGUACAUGAGAUGAUCCACAUUUGCUGUGGUGAAACGUUUGGUAAACUUGCCUGCAAUACUUGGAAGAAAAAUAAUAUAGUGAAGUUUUAUCUCUAUUGGAAGAGUUUGGAUAACAAUUUUGUUUAUUAGUUGCAUUUGACAGUUGCAUUUUAAGAAAGACAUGAACCCAGAUAAGAAAUGGUAAGAUGUCCAUUGGAAACAAAAUAAGAAAAGUCCAGAAAUUCACGCACUUGAAAAGCUGGGAAAGACAGAACUUCUCAUCCCCAAUCAGUCGAACAAGAAAGCCUUUAAGUAACAAAGCUAAAUUAAUUCAAGAAUAUGGCCAUGAUACUAAUUGUUUUAAAUGUCUAAUUUGGUUAAGGAGAUCCCGCCUCCAUAGUGUUUCUAUGUAGGAAUUCUUUCACAGCAUUUCUUGGGAAAUUUAUGUAUUUUUCUGAAUCUCAUGACCCAUAAUUCAGGAAAUUAGUGAAACAGGAAGAAGAAUUGCAACUAAGCAAGAAUUAAAGCUUAGUAAUGAAGUUAGAGCCAUUAUUGGACUGAAGGAAUCCACUGAAGUCAAGCACAAAAGUAAGAAUGGGGAAUGCUGAUAUAGAGUCCAAGAAUAAGUUCAACAUUUCCAGGAAUCAGAACAGGAGGACAUGGAAGAGAAGUUGUCACAACCUGAUCAUUCAGUCUUACUUGUAGCUAUUG